AAAUUCAUAGAGAGAGGACACGCCAGAAGAGCAGGCGGUGUUGAAAACUACUUCUGUAUCCUUCAACGUCAACGUAUAUAUAAGAACUUUGUUCUUAUCGGGAGAUUCAACGAGCCAAUCUCCAAGGACUUGAUCUCAUAUGCCUUGCGGAAGCUACUCUUAUCGUAUCCUAUAUUGGCGUGCUCAAUCGUCACCACGGAUUACUCAGAUUUAACGGUACCACGUCCCGAUCAUGACUACGUGAAAGUGAUGGACAUGAUCACAUUGCAGGACGUGAUGAUGGACCUGCCACAGGAGAUUGUCAACUGUAAGGACACUGAACAGCAGUUGAAGUUGUUGAAUGAUAUCACCUGGGAGUACGGAGACGAGACUCCUCUGUGGAAGCUGGCAAUGCUGGAUGACAGGACCCUGUGCUAUAUAUCAAACCACAUCCUCUCGGAUGGCACCACUGCAAAGAAUUUGUUUGAUAAAUUGCAACAGUUGUUCAACGAAUAUGACCCGUCAUCAACUGAGCUUCCUCCAUACAUCGUGGACUACUCGGCGGAUUUUCAAUCCAUACCUCCAUUACCAACGGCAAUCGAUGGUCUCUUGAACUACACGCCUCCAUUAUCUUUUCUUCCAGGUUACCUUUUGAACGUUUUGACGAUUCGUACCUUGUGUUUCAAAGGAAAGACUUCGACGAGGGAUGAUACUCAUUCUUACAGGGUCAUACGCGUCGAUUCUAAGCACGUUGAGUCAAUCAAGAAGAAGUUGAAAGAACACAAUGUCACCCUGACACCUUACUUGUUAACGGCAGCGUUGAACGCAAUGUAUACCAAUGUCUUGAAGGACACAUGGCUGGGUCUCAUGGACGUUGUCAUCCCAUGUAACUCUAGACAGUUCCUGCCAGACAACAAACGUCUACAGGACUCUCAGUUAUUCGGGUCCAUCACUGCGGGCUCUCAUCUCUGGUAUCCACCUUUGAAACAGCUCUCAUGGGCAAAUAUAAACUAUACAAAUGGAAUCUUCCAGUACUGCAGAGCUGCAAGACACUACUUGUAUGGAAUGGGGAUUUUGUUUACUGACUUCAUGACGAAGAGAACCAACCUAGACAAGCUGAUUGGUGAUGCCACAAUGAAUCAAACAAGGGGUGGUUUGAACUUCUCCAACAUUGGUGUUAUCCCACAGUACCCGAGCGAGAAGUAUUCACUUGAAGACGUGAUAUUUGCGAAGAAUUCACAUGGUACUAUCAACGCCUUCUCGCUGAGUGCUUGCUCCACUUCGAACGGGCUGACACUGGUCUUUACCAUGGCAGAUGGCACUGUU